AAAUGGAAAUUAGUAAACGAGUUAUCCAAAAGUCAAGAUGGCUGACACAUGGUUGGAAAUCCAACUCUUCAGAAAGCGACACAGUGCCUUGAAAGAAAGACUAAACAGAAGGCGAAGACGUUCCAAAGAUGAGAGACCUGCUGCUGUACAUGUUGUGCGUGUGGACCCUGCCGUAGAGAAGAAGAUAAUGGAGGGACUGAUGAACCCAUCACUGGAGUUCCCUCUGGACGGUUUAACCCUCUGCAAGAACAUUGGUCUAGCUAUCAGCUCGAAGGAAGAUGAACUAAAAAGUGUAUUAGAAAAAAUGGCUUCUCAAAAUAUCUUAGAGGUACAUGCAACCGACAUCGUCAUACUUUCCGUAGACCUGGAUCGUAUUUAUAAACUUGCUGAUGGGCUUGGGCUUAUCGCCAGUAUUCAGCCUUCACCGGCCAAGAAGUUCUGCAACGUGCAAGAGGAGAUAGACUUCCUCCUCAGUGUACCUACAGUACGAGAAACAGAUAGCAAGAAAGUCAGCAACGAAAUUCUGGAGCUUCUGAACACAAAGACGGUGAAGGAGCAACAAAUGGUGGAAAAAUUCCAGUCAAUUGGAGGAUCUCAAUUGAGAGAAUUCUGUGUAAACAAAACCAAAGAAGAUUGUCGACGUACUAGGAGCAGCCGCAAUGCUUGUCCAAAGCUCCACUUCCGACGAAUUAUUCAAAACCACACGGACAAGAGCCUUGGAGACUGCUCCUUCCUCAACACCUGUUUCCACAUGGAGACUUGCAAAUUUGUUCACUACGCUAUUGACGAUUCAAUUGAUGAACCAGAAGCCCUCCCACGACCUGUCAAAAUGAAGCAGUCUGCUCUUCCACGCAGCAAGUUGUUUCCACCGCAGUGGGUACAGAGUGAUCUACGUACCUUCGAUAUGUCCGUUCUUGGCAAGUUUGCAGUGAUCAUGGCCGACCCUCCCUGGGAUAUUCACAUGGAGCUACCUUAUGGGACCAUGAGCGAUGAUGAAAUGAGACAGCUGAACAUACCAGCUCUACAGGACGAUGGCUACAUCUUCCUGUGGGUGACUGGUAGAGCCAUGGAGCUGGGGAGGGAGUGCCUCACUCUGUGGGGCUAUGAGAGAGUUGAUGAGCUGAUCUGGGUCAAGACGAAUCAAUUGCAGCGACUCAUUCGAACAGGGCGCACCGGACAUUGGCUCAACCACGGCAAAGAGCAUUGUCUUGUGGGUGUCAAAGGCAACCCUAAAGUGAACAAAGGGAUUGAUACGGACGUGAUUGUUGCCGAGGUCCGAGCUACCAGUCAUAAGCCAGAUGAGGUGUACGGUGUUAUCGAACGGUUGUAUCCAGAGUCACUGAAAGUGGAGCUGUUUGGACGACCUCAUAACUGUCAGCCAAACUGGGUCACUCUUGGCAACCAAGUCGAUGGUGUCAGGAUUCUAGAUCCUAACAUUCGAGCAUCGUUUUAUGCACGAUAUCCUCAUGGAGAAAUAGACACUAUGAGGCCUCAACAGCCUCGCAUGCCCUAGGGUGUUUUUAUGUUGACCUGUAAUUUUCGUCUUUAUUACUACUGUAUUAUAAUAUUAAAAAAAAUGUCUUCAGUCCUCUAAUAUUAUAUUAUCAAGA